GCAAGCUGAAAAAAAUUCUUUAACAUAACGUGUAGCAUCGCUUUGGAUCGUCAGUCUGUUUAGUCGAACCGCAGCAUUCGCUCCUACGACGUCAGCUGCUCGGACUUUAGUUGAGAGUUCAAUUUGUUUCUUUUUCCCUAAGUUUUUUCAAUCCUAAACCGUAACCAUGUCCGACGAUGAGGAAUACACCAGUUCCGAAGAGGAGGAGGUUGUCGAGGAGACCAGAGAGGAGACAAAACCACCUCAGACACCAGCCGAAGGUGAGGGCGAUCCAGAGUUCAUCAAGCGUCAGGACCAGAAGCGCUCCGAUCUCGAUGAACAGCUGAAAGAAUACAUCAGCGAAUGGCGCAAACAGAGAUCCAAGGAGGAGGAUGAGCUGAAGAAACUGAAGGAGAAGCAGGCCAAGCGCAAGAUCUCGCGUGCCGAGGAGGAGCAAAAGAUGGCCCAGCGCAAGAAGGAGGAGGAAGAGCGUCGCGUCCGCGAGGCUGAAGAGAAGAAGCAGCGCGAUAUUGAAGAGAAGCGCAUGCGUCUCGAGGAAGCCGAAAAGAAGCGUCAAGCCAUGUUGCAGGCCAUGAAGGACAAGGACAAGAAGGGACCCAACUUCACCAUUGCCAAGAAGGAGACAGGCGUGUUGGGACUGUCGUCCGCCGCCAUGGAACGUAACAAGACUAAGGAACAAUUGGAGGAGGAGAAGAAGAUCUCGUUGUCGUUCCGCAUUAAGCCCCUCGCUAUCGAAGGCUUAGGCGAGCAGAAGCUGCGUGAGAAGGCCCAGGAACUGUGGGAGCUCAUCGUCAAAUUGGAAACUGAGAAGUAUGACUUGGAAGAAAGGCAGAAACGUCAGGACUACGAUUUGAAAGAGCUGAAGGAAAGACAGAAGCAACAGCUCAGGCACAAAGCCUUGAAGAAGGGUCUCGACCCAGAAGCUUUGACUGGCAAAUACCCGCCCAAGAUUCAAGUCGCCUCCAAAUAUGAGAGACGUGUGGAUACCCGCUCAUAUGACGACAAGAAGAAGCUCUUCGAGGGUGGUUAUAAUACGGUGUAUGCGGAAAACUUAGAAAAAACAUGGCAAGAAAAACAGGAAAGGUUUACUCAGCGCACAAAAUCCAAACUGCCAAAGUGGUUCGGAGAACGACCAGGCAAGAAGGCCGGUGAGCCCGAGACACCCGAGGGCGAGGAGGAUGCCAAGGCCGAUGAGGACAUCGUCGAAGAUGAAGAUGAGGUCGAGGAGGAGGUCGUCGAGGAAGAAGACGAGGAGGCCGAGGAAGAUGAGGAAGAAGAGGAGGAGGAAGAGGAGGAAGAGGAAGAGGAGGAAGAAGAGGAAGAGGAAGAAGAGGAGGAAGAAGAAUAAAUAAAUAAAUAAAUUUUUUCGUAAAACUACAUUUAAACAAAACCAAACAAGAAAAACCAAAGCCAACAAUUUUAAUAAAAGUAAAAGAAUGAACUAAAUA